GUUUUCACAUUUUAAGUACUUCUGUCGUCUGUAACACGUGCGUCACUUGCAGAAUCGGCCAAAAUGGUUUCCAAAAGAAAGUUGUCAGAAUCCAGUGAAAAAGAUGAAAUUGCCCAUGUCCUUGCACAGUUCAAAUCGGAAAGUGGUGAACUAUUAGAAUCUCCGAUAGACUUGCCUCUGAAUAUAACUGCUGAGAAUUUGCAGUUAAUUUGCAAUGCAUUUAUUGAAAAAAAUGACAGUGAACCCACACCAUAUACAUUUUUUGUUAAGGAUAUUGAGGUAACAACCAAUCUUGCAGCUGCCUUGAAAAAUGAAGUGCUUGAUAGUGAAAAGGUAUUGGAAAUCAUAUAUCAACCCCAAGCUGUUUUUCAAGUAAGAGCAGUAACCAGAUGUACCAGCUCAUUGCCAGGUCAUUCAGAAGCUGUAAUCUCUGUAAGUUUCAGUCCAGAUGGAAAACAAUUGGCUAGUGGCUCAGGUGAUACAACUGUUAGAUUUUGGGACCUUAAUACUGAAAGUCCAUUAUUCACAUGCAAAGGGCACAAACAUUGGGUUCUCUGUACUGCUUGGUCUCCCAAUGGACAAACAUUAGCGUCAGCAUGCAAAACUGGUGAAAUUCGACUGUGGGAUUCUGCAACUGGAACACAGAAAGGCAAACCACUUGUUGGCCAUAAACAGUGGGUUACAUGGCUUGUUUGGGAACCAUUUCAUCUGAACCCACAUUGUAGGAAGUUGGCAAGCUCUUCGAAAGAUGGAGACGUCCGCAUAUGGGAUGUGGUUAUUGGUUCCUGUUUAAUCAAUCUUGCUGGUCAUCAGCAAGGAGUAUCAUGUAUAAGAUGGGGAGGAUCUGGACUUAUAUAUUCUGCGUCACAGGAUCGAACAGUAAAAGUUUGGCGAUCUGAAGACGGAAUAUUAUGCAGGACGCUACAAGGGCAUGCACAUUGGGUUAACACGUUAGCCUUGAGUACUGAUUAUGUUCUGCGUACUGGAGCUUUCGAACCAGCAGAAGUAGGGCGUCCACAGAAAAUUUUGUCGCCUGAAGAAGCCCAGAGUAAAGCGCUUGACCGAUACAAACUAGUACAACAAAUCGGACCCGAACGUUUAGUGUCUGGUUCGGAUGAUUUUACGCUUUUUUUAUGGAAUCCUGAAUCAGAUAAGAAGCAUAUAGCACGGAUGACUGGUCAUCAGCAGUUGGUCAAUGAUGUAAAGUUUUCUCCUGACUCCAGACUUAUUGCGUCCGCGUCCUUUGACAAAUCCAUCAAAAUCUGGGAUGGUCGAACGGGCACAUUCAUAACUACCCUAAGAGGUCAUGUACAAGCAGUUUAUCAAAUUGCCUGGUCCGCGGAUUCCCGCCUACUUGUUAGCGGAAGCGCUGAUUCUACUUUGAAAGUUUGGAAUCUAAAGACUAAGAAGUUGCAUUUGGACUUACCUGGCCACGGAGAUGAAGUAUUUGCUGUUGAUUGGAGCCCUGACUCGCAACGAGUUGUCUCUGGAGGACGUGAUAAAGUUCUGAAAAUAUGGCGAUAUUAACAGAAAUCUUCCGUUCAGAAAAACCCUGAUGGAUAAGCGUUGUCCUUUUGACAUUUCUGGAAAUGAUCUGCAAUAAAAUGACGGUAAUAGCCAAGUAUUGUCGAAUCAGUGUUCUACCGAAUAAAAUCAAGUCAAAGAAAAA